GAUAUGUAUUAUAUUCAAAGAAGGAGCUAUCUAUAGGUAGGCGUCGUAUAAUAUAAGGAUAAUGUAAGACUUUUCUCCCUUUUCCGAGAUUUAUACCGGAGAUAGUCAGUAAACGCCGACCAAAGACGCGAUGGAAUGACAGAUACGAUACCUACAGCAAUUCGAAGCAUGCUUGAUAAUCAUUACGACAGCUGGUUAGUAUAAAGGGUAUUCAUUGUCCCUGUUUCGGACGACUUCUCUAGUGCAAACGACUAUAAAAGUUGCGAGUGUCCCGGUUCUUACGUUCACCCAUGAUCUCGCUCUUCACCAGUAGAGCGGCAACGACAUCUUUCCAGCUAGGCAAAAACUAUAACAAUGGCAGCCUACAGUAUCAAUUCUACGUUCAAACUGAACAGCGGCUAUGAAAUACCUCGAUUGGGGUUUGGGGUAUACCAAACUCCGCCAGACGCAACCGAGAAAGCCGUGUCAGAAGCAUUUAACGUUGGCUAUCGUCAUGUCGACUCAGCCGCUGCAUACCGCAAUGAGGCUGGAUGUGGUAACGCCAUGCGAGCUAGCAAGCUGCCACGAUCUGAGAUCUACUUUACCUCCAAGAUUCCUAGUGGCGGUAUGAGCUAUGCUGGUGCCAAAGCACAAGUUGAGACGAGCUUAAAAACCGCUGGUCUUGAUUACAUCGACCUUAUGUUGAUUCAUUCACCCUACGGCGGUUCCGCUACGCGAAAGGACGUAUGGAAGGCGCUCGUUGAGGCUGUCGAAGAGGGCAAGAUCCGAUCCAUUGGCGUCAGCAAUUAUGGUGUCCAUCAUCUUGACGAGUUAGAAAAGCAUAUUGCGGAACUAGAAGCCGAGAGAGGCGGCAAAGGCAAAGGCGGAAUCAUCUCGGUUAACCAAUGUGAGGUUCAUCCAUGGUGUCCUCGCAAUGAUAUCGCCGAAUGGUGCGCUAAGCGAAACAUUGCCUUCGAGGCCUACGCUCCCGUUGUACGGGGUGCGAGAUUCGGUGAAAAGUGUCUAGUCAACCUUGCUACAAAGUAUGGCAAGACGGAGGCUCAGGUCUUGAUUCGAUGGAGCUUGCAGAAGGGUUACGUUCCACUCCCAAAGAGUGUCACGCCCUCAAGGAUCAAGGAGAAUGCUGAAGUUUACGACUUUGAACUCUCAAAAGAAGAUAUGGACACGCUGGAGUUCGACGAGUAUUCGCCAGUGUGUUGGGACCCUGUCAAGAGUGGUCUGGACAACUAAGAAUGGGAUUCACUUCAAAAGCUUAUUAGACGAGUCUAUGCGGAUUUAUUCAACCUCGAGAAUAAAGAGCAAACUACAACCCAAUCGUCCGUCCUAUCUGCGUGAGUUAAUAGGAGCUACUCAAGUAAAGGAAUGCCAAUCAAAGGGAGGUAG